UGAGGAAACUCACUGAAACUCACCUUUAUCAUCUGGACAGAGUGGCCUGCACACCGACCUGCACUUCCAGCCAGCUUUGGUCGCUGUCAGUUAUGCAGCCCUGCAGUUCUGCUCUUUGUAUCCUGAUCUUACUGAUCUCUACAUUCACUACUGGAUCUGAGUCAUGUUUUUCUACAGUAAAGGUGGGUUUUAAUCAGGGUGCUACUCUGUCCUGCUCUGACAGCUGCUCGGGUUUGGCCAGAUGGACUGUGUUCAAUAAACCCACUGAUUCUCUGGCUGAGUGUGAUCAGAUUUCAUGCAGAUCACUGAAGGAGGGAUAUGAGAUGAUCCAUGAUCAAUACCUGAAGAAAAACAUCUCUCUGAUCAUCACUAAAACUGAUUACAGCAAGAAGGGGAGGUACACAUGCAAGUGCGACAGCCAAAACAUAUGUGAUGUGGAUCUACAGGUUGAGCCUUUGAGAACUACAGUUCAGAUAGAGCCUGGCCAAUCUCUAGUGCUGAAGAUAGACAUAACAGAUCCAGUGGAGGUGGUUUAUAGCAGCACAGACACAGAUGGACCAUCCAGUGGUCAGAUCUGUACAGUGGAUGGACGCUCACUACAGUGUGAUCCUGAACACACAGAGAGAGCGUCUCUAACAUCCGUUCUUGAGCUGAGAAACAUGACUCCAUCUGAUAGUGGAGAUUAUUCUAUAGUGAACAAAGAGAAAAAACAAGUCAUUCACAUCUACACAGUGACUGUGAAGAGAAGACCUGCAAUAACCUGUAGAACCCGAAGUCCGCGUUGUGCGGGCUGUGUGCAUGGCUGUCUUCUAGCCGGCAUAACUUUCCAACGGAUUAAGUUACAGAAAUGUUACCCUAUUCACAACACUCAGCAGAACAUGCUGUCUCUAGCUCUGCAGAUGGGCUUCACCACUCCACAAAGGGCUAACCCAUAA